AUGAAUGGACAGUUAGGUUCUGAUAUGGGAGAGCAGGUAGAUUCUACUGCUGCUACUACUCCUGCUGAAGCUGGGACGCCAUCUGUGGAACCAUCUAUGGAACAAAGUGAACAACCUGUAUCUGUUACUGCAGGAACUGCUGGCAUCGGUGGCAGUGCAGCUCCAAAAGUUGUUAAUUAUGAAGAAGAAGCACAGAAAUUGGAAGAUAAAGCGUUACGUUUUCUUGCUAAACAGACUCAUCCUGUCAUUAUACCAUCAUUUACGUCCUGGUUCGAUAUAUCAGAAGUUCAUGAAAUUGAGAGAAGAUCUUUGCCUGAUUUCUUUGAUGACUCUUCACGUUUCAAAUCUCCAAAAUCUUAUAAAGAUACAAGAAAUUUUAUGAUUAAUACCUAUAGGUUAUCACCAUACGAAUAUUUAACAAUAACAGCAGCAAGAAGAAACAUUGCUAUGGAUAUUGCAUCCAUCGUUAAGAUACAUUCGUUCCUUGAAAAAUGGGGAUUGAUUAAUUAUCAAAUUGACCCAAGAUCAAAGCCGUCUUUAAUUGGUCCAAGUUUUACCGGUCAUUUCCAAGUUAUAUUAGAUACUCCACAAGGUUUGAAACCGUUCAUACCUAAUGAUUCCAUUAGAGUAGAUUCUACUGAACAAGAUACAACACAAUUGGAGCCAGGCGUGAAAUCAGAAUCUAAAGUGUUUCCAAUCAAUUUAUCUCUAAGGAAAAGUUUAUAUGACUCGACCAAUGAUUUCAACGCAUUACAGUCACAGAAUAAAAAGAAUUCAAGACAAAUCCAAAAGACUUUUGUAUGUCACACAUGUGGUAACGAUACAAUGUACGUUCGUUAUCAUAAUUUACGUGCCAGAGACGCCAAUGUCUGUUCCAAAUGUUUCCAAGAGGGACAUUUUGGUGCUAAUUUCCAAGCUUCUGACUUCAUUAGAUUAGAAAAUAGUAAUUUAUCCAAUAAGAAACAAUGGUCAGAUCAAGAAUUAUUAUUACUUCUAGAAGGUAUUGAAAUGUAUGAAGAUCAAUGGGAAAAAAUUGUAGAACAUGUCGGAACGAAUAAAUCUCUCGAAGAUUGUGUAGAGAAAUUCUUAACUUUACCAAUUGAAGAUAAAUAUAUCAAUGACAUUGUUAAAAGUGAAGAUAAGUCGAUUGUUAAGAAAGAAAGUGGGAUUGAUUCUUUGAAAACUUCAAUUUCACCUGUGAAAGCUGUUGAAAUGACUAUACAAGCAUUAUUAAAUGGUUCCCAUGAAUGCGUUUUAAAGGAUUCAAUCCCGGAAUCUGCUAAAUCAUCUGCAGCUAAAUAUAUCCUACAAACUCAAAGUAUAGCACAAGAAUUAGUAAAAUUAACCAUUGAAAAACUAGAUUCCAAACUUGAGAAAUUAAACAAAUUGGAGGAAUCUUUAGAGAUAGAAAAGAUAAAGUAUGUUACCGAGUCUGAAAAGUUGUUAACCGACAGAAUUUCAAUGAAUAAACAAAUCACUGAAAUAAAUAAUGAAUUAUCAGGCUUGAAUAUCUCGAAGAAAAUCAUAUUGGCAUCAGAACAAGUGGAUUCAGGCAUCAAAUUGGUUGAAAAGGAUAGUAUGAACGAAGAAGAUGGUAAUACUGAAUUGAAACAAAUAAAAACCGAUCUAGCAAUGGAUGCUAUAUCAGUUAAAGAACCACAAGUAUAUAAACACUGGUCAUUGUAA